GUCUUAAAAUGUAUGGAAAGGGUCUUAAAAAAGGUCUUAAAAGGUAUUAAAUUUGACUUCAGGAUUCCUGCAUAUACCCUGUCAUAGAAGCUGGCCUCGCAAACAGUGGUUGCCUGAAAAAUAACCAUGAGCGGGAAGUCAUAUGCCAAGGCUCUCUUCAGUCUGAAGGCGGUCACAGAGGCACUCGAACGGUUGCUGUUCAAUGUUUUUCUAGAGGGGGAGAAACCAGACAUCCCAUAUGAGAUCCUCUUCAACCUCAUCCACUCUUGCACUUCUGAGAGCCUCAACUCCACUCUGAAGGAUCCCACACUGCUCAAGCUGAUUGGUGACUACCUCCAAUACCAAGACAAGGUACGCAGGGGCCACCUGGGCAAAACGGGUAUGUUCUGGCUCUCCAUGAUGGAUCAUGCAAGGCUGGUCUUUAUGAUGGAUUUUGCUGUGAAAACCAACAAUUUCAAGCUGUUCCAUCACUGCAACGGCGCCAUGGCAGAUCUCUUCUUUGCGUAUGAUGGCCACAACUACGCCAGGUACCUUACCUGGUUUGAGGCCUUUCUCACAAACAUCGACCUCUCCCAUCCUGGUGCUCUUGAUUACAUCAAGCUUGGAGCUAUAGCUGUUGCACGAUCAUUGAUCACAGGGGCUCUCGCAGCAGUGGACAAGACCAUGGAGGAGACAUUCAUGAGGUUUGCUAAGACUUCAGGUGGUCUACUAGGUCUCUUCAACAACUGUGGCGCAUACCAGAAAUGGUGCCGCACAACCUCUGCCCGCGCUCAGCUCUAUGAGCUUACUCUUGAGAUGUGUGGCAUGAUUGACGACCCUGAGAUGCCGAAAGCAGGCAAGCACCGUGAGCUGGAGCCUGCCCAAAUCAAAAAGUCUGAAUUAGCGGUGCAGAGCGUCAUCUCUGCCAUCAAUGGCUUCACAAACCCCUGGAGAAUCCCAGACAAAAGUCGACUGUACUCCCUCGCAUCUGGAGCUCCCAUCGAUCCAGAGGUUGAGGCUGACGUGCUGCGGGCCGAGGCUGCAGGCAGGGCUGCCAAGGAGCAGUUCAUCCAAGAGCGCUUCAUUUCCAAGAGGAAAGACUUCUUUGAUCGCCUCAAGAAACUUACGCUCAAGACAAUGGAUUACUGCAGCAAGAGGGUCAAACUUACAUCUGUGCAGGGGAAGCUCUUUGUGUACAAGGAGCAGAGCAACCGAGCCUUUCAGCUGCUCGUUAUGUCGCAGAUUAUGGAGAUGCCCAUCAACCUUGAGGAACUCAUGCGGUAUCCCCUCUCACCUGUUCCUCAUGCCCUUGGCUCUCCGGAUGGCUAUUUUGCUAAAACCAACAAAGCCACUAUCCUUCACCAUCUGCUGCAGGACAGGGACGAAGACGUACCUUACCCCAAUGAUGCCCUCUUCAUACAGGAUGGCAACGCUCUCUGCCACAUGAUGUCCAACCUCCUACCGACCUUCGGAGGGAUUUGCAUGCAGCUUCUGGACCAAAUGGUUGCCAAGCAACAUUUUGUGUUCUCUACAGAUUGCUACCAGCCAGAUUCCAUCAAAGCCCAGGAGAGGCUCAGACGUGGCUCUUCUGAGAAGCGCAUAAUUGAUGGUCCAAACACCCGGAGGCCCUAUGACUUUAAGUCAUUCCUUGGCAAUGAGCUUAACAAGAAGCAGCUAUGUGACCUGCUUCUCAGGGUCUGGGGGAGCAAUGAGGCAGCAUCCCGGAUUGAGAAGAGCAUGAAAGCAGUGGUGUGUGUUGACGGAAGAUCUUAUGACCUAACAUCAACAAAUGGAAAAGUCCAGACUUCUGAGAUCUAUGAACUGCGAUCCAACCAGGAGGAGACAGACAGCCGGAAUGUCCUGUACCUCCACCAGGCUGUCAAAUGGGGGUACAAGUCCAGUGUGGUGAGGACACCUGACACAGACAUCCUGAUGAUCCUCCUCUACCAUGCCAGCAGGAUCAACCUCUCCAUCUACCUUGACCACGGCUCUGGCAAACAUCGCACACUAAUAAAUGUGACAGAACUGUCGGAAUCACUGACAGUUCCCUGACUACUGUAGCACACUGCUGGUAUUCUACGUCUUUACUGGGGAGGACUGUACCAGCGCUUUUAAAGGCAAAGGCAAGGUGAAUCCCCUGAAGAAGCUGGAGAAGACUCCUAAACUCCACAAAGCUUUCAGGCAGCUUGGUGCAGACUGGAUAGUCACUGAUGAGCUUCAAGAGGAGAUGGAGAGCUUCACAUGCAUUAUGUAUGGCCAAGCACGGAUGACAUCAGUUGACACAGUACGGGUGAAAAUGAUGAGAAAGAUGGUCGGCGCUGACAAAGUCCUGGACUCUAAGUCAAAAGUAGACCUGGAACGCCUGCCUCCCCCCAAGGUCUGUCUCAUUCCACAUGUCCAGCGAGCCAACUACAGAGUCGCCUUCUAUAAGAGAGCAGACAAGGCAAUAAUCGAGAGCCCAAAACCACAUGAUCCAGGCAUGGGCUGGCAGAAGACAGGAGAAGAGGAGGUGUUGGAACCGGUCUGGGCAAUUGGACCCAUCCUCCCUCCUUCUUUUGUUGAGGUACUGGCUCAGAGAGCAGAGUCAGAAGAGCACGCAGCUCUUGACAAGGUGACCGAUUACGCCAACAAUAACUUGUCUGUGGGUGAAGUGGAUGGAGAGUACGAGCAUGAGGAUGAAGAGCUGGAGAUGUAAGAAAUUGAAUUAGAAGAUCUCUUCAGUGACGAUGAGGAUGAUGAGUAGUUUAGGUCAGCAAGUUGGUAGUGACAUGAAAAGGUAAAUGUAUUCAUUGUUCAAGUUGUAAUUAUAUCACACUUUACAUAAUCUUUCAUGUUUGAUUUUGGUGCAAUAAAGAGUUAAAAAUAAACCCAACAAGAUUUUAUUUAAUCAUUUAAUUUCAUUUAAAGGAUUAGAGAAAAACUGAUUGUGAACAUAUAUUCACCCUAUGUGUUGAAAAGGUAGUUGGUCAUACACACAUGUUUGAUCAUUUCUUGCUGUUUUUGACCAGAAAUACAGUCAAAAUGUUGUCAAAUGUCAACAAUAACCAUCCCAUUGAAUUCCUAGGAUCAAAAUUGUGUGGGAACAUUUAUUAAUUUCGCUCUGUAAGUUGUCUACUUCAAAGGUUAUGCCUCUUCUACAUUAUAUUUUCAUUUUUCGAUUUUUGGGUUAGGUGCUAUAAAGGGUUAAAACUAGCCUUUGGGACAUUAUUUCAGCUUGGUACCCAAUAUAAUCUUAAAAUAAACACUUGGAGGAUUGAAAAAAAAACUGAUUGUCAACAAAUAUUCACUCGAUGCGUUUGAAAAAUAAAAAAGUAGUUGGUCAGACACACAUUUUUAGCAUUUUUUUGCUGUUUUUGUCCAAAUACAGUCAAAAUGUUGUCAAAUGUAAAAAAUAACCAUCCCAUUGAAUUCCUAGGGUCAGAAUUGUAU